GGAGCUUGAGUCGAUAGCCUUGAAGAUCAUGCCCCUGUCCUGGUCAGAGGAUGAAACCGCCUGCCAUUCCAACUGGGAAACUUGCAUGACAACAACCCAAAAUCCUUUGGGCACUAGGAGUCAGGCAACCACAGAACCACAAGCAGACUGCAAUCAACAAUUUAGAAGGAGUACCCGAACCUCGACAGGGAGGUUUACCUCCUCCUCGUGUUUUUCCACACCAGCCGUGUGUUUUGCAUCUGCAUAAGGAGUGUAAGGCUCGAAGACAAUCUGGGUCGUAGAUUUGGGUCAUGGCUUCCAACAGCAUAUUUGAUUCCUUUACAACCUAUUCUUCAACCUUCUUGCGUGACCCCAGCACCAGCAGGCGCUUCACACCUCCCUCCACGGCCUUCCCCUGCGGUAAGAUGGGCGAGAACAGCGGCGCCAUCAACGCGCCGGCCCCGGGAAGUCGCAGCCGGCCGGAGGCGCGCUCCGUGGUGGAUGUCCUGGCGGAUCAUCCCGGCGAACUCGUGAGGACCGACAGCCCCAACUUCUUGUGCUCCGUCCUGCCUUCGCACUGGAGGUGCAACAAGACGCUCCCCGUGGCCUUCAAGGUGGUUGCCCUUGGAGACGUGCCUGAUGGCACUGUGGUUACUGUCAUGGCCGGUAACGAUGAGAACUAUUCAGCGGAGCUCCGGAAUGCCUCUGCGGUCAUGAAAAACCAAGUGGCCAGGUUUAACGACCUUCGCUUUGUUGGACGGAGCGGCCGAGGAAAAAGCUUUACAUUGACAAUUACAGUCUUCACAAACCCCACCCAGGUCGCUACAUAUCACCGUGCCAUUAAAGUGACUGUUGAUGGACCCCGGGAGCCAAGAAGGCAUCGACAGAAGCUUGAAGAGCAAACCAAAACCUAUGGGGAUCGUUUUGGGGAGCUGGAGAGGUUGCGGCACCCAAUGAGGAUCACUCCCACCACCCCCAACCCCCGCGGAUCUUUGACUGCUCCUGGACACUUUGGGACACAAGCACAGAGUCAGAUCCAAGGUACAUCUGAAUUGAGUCCGUUCUCUGACCCACGCCAGUUUGACCGGUCCUUUACUGCAUUACCGGGCUUCACCGAGACCAGGAUGCAUUACCCCGGUGCAAUGUCGGCAGCCUUCCCUUACACAGCCUCAGCUUCCGCCACUGGAAUUGGUGGCAUCAGCAUGACCAGCAUGCCCGCCACCACUCGGUUCCACCAUACCUACCUUCCUCCACCAUACCCCAGCUCUACCCAAAACCAGAGUGGACCUUUCCAGACCAACCCUUCCCCUUACCACUUGUACUAUGGCACAUCAUCCGGGUCAUACCAGUUCUCCAUGGUAGCGGGGGGAGAGCGCUCACCAACGAGGAUGCUUCCCUCUUGCCCAAGUGCAUCAGCUGGAAAUAACUUAAUUAAUCCUAGCCUUGCCAAUCAGAAUGACGGCAUUGAGGCAGAUGGCAGCCACAGUAACUCACCUACAGCCAUGACAACUCCCGGGAGGAUGGAUGAAGCUGUCUGGAGACCGUACUGAAAGAGGACUAGGAAACCAGAUGCCUUUCACUCUAACUGAAUUAAAAUGCCCAACAUGUUCUAUGUUAGUUGGUCAUUAGAAAGGAGGCGAUAAUGAAAAGGAGCCGUCGACAACCCUCCCUCUUCCCAAUGCGCAUCACAUUGCUCUUGUAGAAAAUAUAGGUUGUUAAGUUAAUUCAGCAAAUGGAGACUGGAGAUGGGCUGAACUUUGUAUACAUUUCAAAACAAAACCCUCCAUUCUCUUCUUGAAGUUCCCCUUGACAAUUCUCGAUUGUAUACGUAAUGUACAUAGGAAUGUACAGAUUGGAAAUGCUCUGUUCCUUUGUAGUGUUGUGGCUGAGUGUGAAAAGCCCUAGUCAAUCAUCUCAAAGGUCAUGAAAUUUUAAGAGUGAGUGAAUGAAUGAAUGAAUGAAUGUGUUUAGCUCUUCAGAUACCGUUGAGAAAGAUACGUAAAGCCAAGUUAAUAUAAGGACAGGACCAGAAUGUCACCAUGUCCUCUUUCUACCAUACAGUGGUGGCCUUAUCAGGAGGCAGCAUAAGGUAGUCAAAUCAGGUGGCGAAUCUGGAAUGUCAGGAUAUGCUGGAAAGUUCUCCUACACAAGUUCCAUUGAGGUGAAUGCAGUUGCUUAAUCUUUUAGCAGGGCUCGUACGCCAAGGGGAGGAGCUUCUCAGAGGAUUGUGACUGCAGUUAAUUUAGUGCUGGGAAAGGGUGCUAUUUUAAAUUUCCUGCUUCACACUAACAAAAUAUUGUACACCAGCUGUGAACCUAUAUGGCCAUUUGACCACCACUCUGAAUGCACCAGAUUCAGUUAGUGGGGUGAGGAGUCAUGAAUGGCAGCACAUACUGUAUCGCAACAGGUGUGAUCCAGAAGCAGUGAAAGCAGCUGGAAUCAUGCUGAUCAUCUGUUCCUGAGGGGGUUGUGGGCAGGGAUUUUGCUAGGUACUCAAGGAACAGGUUCCUGGCACAAAUUUGCAUUUGCUACAUUAUAUACAUAGAUACAAAUUUCUGAGCAAAUUAUGGUGGUAAAUGCGUAGGGUAUUACCAGCAGCAUACUCAGCUAACUGCCCAAAUAGCAGCAUCAAACAAGGCUUUGUU